UCACAUACCUUUACAAAUAUUACAAGUACCAUCUUGUUUUUCAGUUCUCUGGGAAAAAAAUAUAUACCAGAAUUGGUUUUGUUUUUGCAUCUUUACAUCAUGAGCUGUGAACAGAAGGAUAAAUCAAUGGCUGAGGUGUAUGAUGAAUAUGUUAGAAGUAAAGUUUGUGAAAGAGUUGCCAUUCAAAUUCCUCAGGACGAAAGUUCCUCAGGGAUUACUGAAGAAAGUGCACAUGCUAAGCAAUGGAGGAGACCAAAUCUAUUCGUGGAGAUACCUUCCAAAUCAUCGGAUGCCUCUAAUCAAGAGUCUGUGCAAGUUAAAAUGCUUUCAACACCAACGCCUACACCAAAAAGGGUGAAUUUCCUUUUGACGCCUAGUCCUAAUUCUAGAGCAAACGCUUCUCCUAGUCCCUCCUCUUGCAGAGGCAAAUCAUCCAUCAAGAAUCUUUUGUCAAGACUAAGCUUCAAAUUGCGUAAUAUGAAUUCAAAUACAGAAAAGGCAACCUUACCAGAUUCAGAUACUUCUGCCAUGGUGCUACAAGAGAAGAUGUCCAUAUCAAGGUCAUGGUCAUUCACUAAAUUAUUUACACCACACGUGAAAAGAACGUCAUCUUUACCCGUUACACCAAUUGAUCAUUCAAAUCCAGAGUCUGCUAGUGGAAGUAUCAGCAGAGCUGUGACAUUUGGUCCAAAAGAAAAACAACUGCACAUUUCUCGAUCACUUUCUCUACCGGUCAUUAACAAAGAACGACGCACUAGGAGAGUUGAAUCUUUCUUUCGAGUCAUUGCUUCAACUCCUCAUGGGAAAGAUGGGAACUCCACAGUUCCAGCUACACCACCGGCCAAAUUAUCUGAAGAUGAUGUGCCAAAUGGUGAAGAUAUACCUGAAGAGGAAGCUGUUUGUCGAAUUUGUCUGGUUGAAUUGUGUGAAGGUGGGGAAACACUCAAGAUGGAAUGCAGCUGUAAAGGUGAACUUGCUUUGGCUCACCAAGAAUGUGCUUACAAAUGGUUCAGCGUAAAAGGUAACAGAACAUGUGACGUGUGCAAGCAAGAAGUUCGAAACCUGCCUGUUACACUUCGUCGUCUCCAAAGUGCGAAUGUGGGAUCCAAUAGUUUCCAGCACUUGGAAAUAAAUGGAUACAGGGUAUCACAGGAACUACCCAUUCUUGUCAUCGUCAGCAUGCUUGCCUACUUUUGCUUUCUUGAGCAGCUUCUGGUCGGGUCAAUGGGUACUGGUGCAAUAGCAAUAUCAGUUCCGUUUUCUUGUGUACUAGGUUUGCUUUCGUCUUUGGCGUCUUCAACCAUGGUGAAGAGAAGGUUUGUUUGGGUUUAUGCAUCCAUUCAGUUCGUCCUCGUGGUAUUCUUUGCUCAUAUGUUCUACUCCUUGGUUCAUGUACAAGCUGUUCUUUCAAUUCUUCUCUCAACGUUUGCUGGCUUGGGAGUUGCAAUGUGUGGAUGUUCCAUACUUAUUGAGUUCUUUAGAUGGAAAAGGCGGAGACAAGCCUCGUUAGAUCAACAGCAGCAGAAUCCCCAGCUGAAUCAAACAGAAACAUCGUCCCACAUAAGUACUCGUCAAGAUUAUCAAGCGGAUAUAGAAAAUCCGAGGACAUUUAGUGGGAGCUAGAUAGUCAAUAAUGCUAUAGCAGCUUAUAAGGCAUUUAAAAACACAGUUGUUGUAGGGAAUGGCUUCUUGUAUAUAUCUCGACGUUAUUCAUCCUCCACUGGGAAGUAGAAAAGUUUAUUUUUGUACUGCACAAGUGUGGAAAGAAAGAAAAAAAUCCAUAAAAAGCAAAAGAAAAUUAAAGUUGUGUAAAGCAGACAGGUUAUGGAGAAUGGCUUGUUUGUGUAUAUAUUCAUGUUGCUUAUUCUAAGCACGAAAGAUAGGAGGAAGAGUGUUGGCUACGUAUUUGGCUGAAGCUAAUAACUUUAGUUCAAAU